CAGGAUGGAAAUGGAAACCUAACAGCAGAAGCCAUGAUAGCUUUCAUAAGCAUCGCCUUACUUGUUGCCCUGUUUUUGCUCAACUCAGAUCGCAUUCAGAAAGCCAUUGAGAUAUGCAGCGAAUGUUUGAUUUUGCUAAAUAAAACCGAUCAAAACAGCAAAGACCAAUUUGAUUCAGUAUCGCUACAAUUUUACAGCGACAUCUACACAGUUCUUUUCAGCGCUUAUCGUCAUAUCUCUGACUACAUAAGUGCGGAAAGAUACGGCAGGAAACUGUUUGUCUUAUACAGCGAGUCUGGAAUUAUGCUUCAUAACCUUGGCGAAAACCAAAAAGCGAAAGAGUAUGUUGAGAGAGCCCUAGCCAUUACAACCGAAAUUGGCGACAGAAGCGGAGAAGCAUCCUGUUACGGAAACCUUGGAGCGUUGCUUCAGUCGCUCGGGGAAUGCGAUAAGGCUAAAGAGUAUCUCCAAAAAGCGCUUGUCAUCAGAACUGAGAUUGGCGAUAGAAAAGGAGAAGCAAAUGACUACGGAAACCAAGGUACUGUGUUUCUCUCGCUCGGCCAAUACGACAAGGCUAAAGAGUAUCUCCAAAAAGCGCUUGCCAUCAGAACUGAAAUUGGUGACAGAGAAGGAGAGGCAGCUGACUACGGAAACCUUGGUACUGCGUUUUUGUCACUCGGCCAAUACGACAAGGCUGAAGAGUAUCUCCAAAAAGCGCUUGUCAUCAGAACUGAAGUUGGCGACAGAAAAGGAGAAGCAUCUGACUACGGAAACUUGUGUACAAUGUUUGUGUUGCUCGGGCAAUACGACAAGGCUAAAGAGUAUCUCCAGAAAGUGCUUGUCAUUAGAACUGAAAUUGGCGACAGAGAAGGAGAAGCAACUGAUUACGGAAACCUAGGUUAUUUGUGUGAGUCGCUCGGGCAAUACGACAAGGCUAAAGAGUAUCUCCAGAAAGCACUUGUCAUCAGAACUGAAAUUGGCGACAGGAAAGGGAAAGCAUCAUGUUAUGGAAAUCUAAGUACAGUGGUUUGGUCGCUCGGGCAAUAUGACAAGGCUGAAGAGUAUCUCCAGAAAGCGCUUGUCAUCAGAACUGAAAUUGGCGAUAGAAAAGGAGAAGCAACUGAUUACGGACACCUAGGUUUUUUGUGCGAGACGCUCGGCCAAUACGACAAGGCUAAAGAGUAUCUCCAGAAAGAGCUUGCCAUCACAACUGAAAUUGGCGACAGGAAAGGGAAAUCAUCAUGUUAUGGAAAGCUAAGUACAGUGUUUCUGUCGCUCGGGCAAUACGACAAGGCUAAAGAGUACCUCCAGAAAGCGCUUGCCAUCACAACUGAAAUUGGCGACAGGAAAGGGAAAGCAUCAUGUUAUGGAAACCUAAGUACAGUGUUUCUGUCGCUCGGGCAAUAUGACAAGGCUAAAGAGUAUCUCCAGAAAGCGCUGGUCAUCCGAACUAAAAUUGGCGAUAGAAAAGGAGAAGCAACUGAUUACGGAAACCUAGGUAAUUUGUGUAAGUCGCUCGGCCAAUACGAUAAGGCUAAAGAGUAUCUCCAAAAAGCGCUUGCCAUUAGAACUGAAAUUGGCGACAGAGAAGGAGAGGCUGCUGACUACGGAAACCUAGGUACUGUGUUUUUGUCGCUCAGGCAAUACGACAAAGCUAAAGAGUAUCUCCAGAAAGCGCUUGUUAUCAGAACUGAAACUGGCGACAGAAGUGGGGAAGCAUCAUGUUGUGGAAACCUAGGUCCUGUGUUUCUGAGGCUCGACCAAUACGACAAGGCUAAAAAUUAUCUCCAGAAAGCACUUGUCAUCACAACUGAAAUUGGUGACAGAAAAGGGGAAGCAUCAUGUUAUGGAAAACUAGGUACUGUAUUUAAAUCACUCGGGCAAUAUGACAAGGCUAAAGAGUAUCUCCAAAAAGCGCUUGUCAUCACAACUGAAACUGGUGACAGAAAAGGGGAAGCAUCAUGUUAUGGAAAACUAGGUACUGUGUUUAAGUCACUCGGGAAAUAUGACGAGGCUAAAGAGUAUCUCCAAAAAGCGCUUGUAAUCAGUACUGAAAUUGGCGACAGAAAUGGAGAAGGAACUGGCUACGGAAACCUGGGUACAAUGUUUCUGUCGCUAGGCCAAUACGACAAGGCUAAAGAGUAUCACCAAAAAGCGCUUGCCAUCAAAACUGAAAUUGGCGACAGGAUAGGAGAGGCAACUGGCUACGCAAACCUCGGUACUGUGUUUCUGUCGCUCAAGCAAUACGACAAGGCUGAAGAGUUUCUCCGGAGGGCGCUUGUCAUCAGAACUGAAAUUGGCGACAGAAAAGGGGAAGCAUCGUGUUAUGGAAACCUAGGUACUGUGUUUUUGCCGCUUGGGCAUUACGACAAGGCUAAAGAAUAUCUCCAAAAAGCUCUUGUCAUCAGAACUGAAAUUGGUGAUAAGGAAGGGGAAGCAGCAGAUCUUGCAAACCUCGGAACUGUGUCUAGAACUGUUGGAGAUUAUGAAGUUUCGGAAGUAUUCUUGGAGAAAGCUUUAUCCAUAUCCAGAGAUAUUGGAGAUAGAAAAAAAGAGUUCGAAAUCCUUCAAAGUUACGCCAUUUUGUAUUUAUUGCAAAAUAAAAAAAAAGAUUCCCUUUCGUGUCUUCAUCUGUGCAUUGAAAAGUAUGAGAAGCUGAGAUAUUUCUUGGGCGCCAAUGAUCAGUUCAAAACAUCAUUUCUGGAGGAGUCAGGAAUAUUUCCUUACAAGCUACUUUGUUGUUUGCUUUGUGACACCGGAAAUUAUCGGGAUGCACUUUGUGUUGAGGAGUUGGGUCGAGCUAGAGGCCUAUCAGACUUAAUGGCAGAGAAGUACUCAGUUGAAACGCACAUCUCUGCUAAUCCACAAUCUUGGUUUGGCAUUGAGAACAUUUUUGGAAGGAAAAAUAACUUUACUUGUCUGUACAUUUCUUAUUUUUACAAUCAUCUGCAUUUGUGGAUCUUUAAAAUAAGUGGAGUCCUUCACUAUAGAAGAAUAUCACCAGAAGAGAAUCUAGUUCAGGCUGGGUUGCCCAAAGAUUUGUCUUUGAGUAAAUUUUUGGAUCACAAUUUCCGGAGUCUUGGUAUUUUGCCCACCAAUGAUUGUGAAGAUCGGUCUUUAAAUUUGGUUAAAUUGCAACCUCUCUCCCCCGCACAAAAGAGCUCAGCAAGACUGCGACUCGUGGAGGAGGACGAGGAUGAGGACGAGGAUAUGAUCUAUCUUUGUCUAUCACAAAGUCUACCCUUGUGCUACAAAAUGUUUAUUGCUCCCGUUUAUGAUUUACUUGAGGAACCUGAAGUCAUCAUCGUUCCUGAUCGCAGUUUGUACAAAGUUCCCUUUGCUGCACUGAGUGAAAAGGAGGGAGCCCAAUACCUGUCGGAGACUCAUAGGAUCCGUGUCAUUCCCUCUUUGACAACACUCAAGAUCAUUCAAGAUAGUCCAGAGGACUAUCACAGCAACACUGGUGCCUUGAUAAUAGGCAACCCUAAGGUCGAUUGGCUGCCGUCAUUACCAGGUGCAAGAAAGGAAGCAGAGAUGGUCGGAAGACUGGUGGGUGUUCCGCCUCUGGUAGAAGAGGAAGCAACGAAGCAGGCGGUACUUGAGCGAAUAUGUUCAGUGGGUCUGAUUCAUUUUGCUGCUCAUGGUAACGCUGAAAGGGGAGAAAUUGCCCUCUCCCCCAUUCCUACUUCCAACAGUCGUAACGCUAACCUUCCGAAAAGAUAUUUCACAAAUUAA